CCCUGAAAAGUAUAAAAAGCUAUGUUAAUCAUCAGAUUCUGCAUAGACAUGAGACAAGUUUAUUUCCAUGUUGCUUUUCAGAGCGCAAACAAAAAUUCACAAAGUACACUGCUUUAAAAGCUCAUGUCUAUCGUUCCCACAACAGCCCUGUUUCACAGUUGACACACAGAUGUCAUUUGUAUGUAAUGAUGUUAAUUGUAAGAAGCAAUGCAUAACUCUGAGUGAGCUUCUUGCACACCUCAAGGUACAUUUGAGUAAGCAUGAGUUAGUUUAUUGCCCAUUCAGCAAUUGUAGCAAGGUGUUUAAUGUCAAGUCAUCAUUUACAUCCCAUGUUUCAAGAAGACAUAGACACCAAACUGAUGUAAAUCUUUCAGUCACAUUCUCUGAGCCAUCUGUCUUCUCAAAUUGAAACCAAUGAAACUGAAAUGCACGAAAGUGAAAAUCAGCCUCAGGUUACAGAAGACAUUGAUAUCAGGUCUUUGUACAUGAGAAAUCUGUGCAUGUUUUACAUGCAACUCCAGGCAAAAUAUCUUGUUCCAUCAUCGACUAUUCAAAUGAUUGCUGAAGAGAUAAAUGGCUUGAAUGACAUUUGUCAUCAGUAUACAAAAGACAAGAUUAAAGAGACACUUAGAGUGAAUGCUAACAUGUCUGAUACAGAGAUUGAUUCAGUUUUUCAGAGUCUUCAGGAAAGUGAUUUGCAUGCUGCAUGUAGCUCUCAUCUGUCCGCUAAUUAUAAGAGAAGGCUGUAUUAUGUAUAUGUACAUCCACAAAAUGUCUACCUGGGCACCAGUGAACAAAGAAGGGACUGUUAUGCACAAUACAUACCUCUUCCUGACACCUUAAGAGCUAUUCUAAAAGAUCCUGUGGUGUGGCAAGAGUGUGUUAAGCCUCAAAAUCGUCUAGUUUCUGAUGGCAUCUUCAGAGAUAUUUGCGAUGGCUCAAUCUUCAAAUCCAGUGAGCUAUUUUUGCAAACUGAUCACGUAUCAGGAUGCUUUUGAAGUUGUCAACCCACCUGGGUCAGCAAGGAAGAAACAUAAGAUUAUUGGAGUAUACUUUACACUUGCUGACGUUGAGCCAUUCCAUCGUUCCAGUAUUGACAAUAUGCAGUUAGUGCUGUUGUGCAAAGAGAAAUACUUUAAAUCCUUUGGUCAGGACAAAGUGUUUUCUAGAAUGUUGUCAGACCUGAGACAGCUUGAAGAACAUGGUAUUGUGAACACUUCUGGUCAUGUGGUUCGAGCAACAAUAAUAUCUAUUGUAGGUGACAACUUGGGGUCACACUGCAUUGGUGGCUACACACAGAAUUUCAGCACCUCAAAGUACUUCUGUAGGUACUGUGAGGUACAAAGAGACCAAAUAGACAAUGUGAGUCAGAGCUUUACUGUACACACAGUUGAUACCUACAAUGAAGCAGUGCAGUUAUUGAAGCAAAGUGAUGUGGAUGAUAUCAAAGGAAUAUAUUGUGAUUCAGUCUUCAACUCUCUGAAUUAUUUCCAUGUAUGUCAGCCAGGUCUUCCUCCAUGCAUAGGUCAUGACUUGUUUGAGGGAGUUGUAGCUUAUGACUUAGCGAUUUACCUGCGCUAUUUUAUAAAGAUCAAGCAUUGGUUCACAUCCACUCAGCUGAAUAGGCGAAUAACACAGUUAGCCUACAAGGACUCAGAUUCUAACUCAUGUCCCUGUCCGGUGAAUGAAAAAGGCAGUACUAUAGGUGGCCAGGCAGCUGAGAACUGGUGUCUCCUUAGACUUCUGCCUGUCAUCAUUGGCGACAAAGUUGAUCCUCAUGACCCAGUGUGGCAACUAGUGAUCACUUUGAAAGAACUUGUGGAACUGGUGUGUGCUCCCAUAAUCACCACUGCCCAGAUUGCUUACCUGAACGUUGUUGUGGUUGAAUAUCUAGAAACAAGGAAAGCACUGUUUUCUUCUGAUCAUUUAAAACCCAAGCACCACUAUCUUCUCCAUUAUGCAUCAUUGAUCCUCAAAUUUGGCCCCCUAAUACGGCUAUGGACAAUGAGGUUUGAGAGUAAACAUUCAUACUUCAAGAGGUGUGUGAGGAGGAUACAAAACCUUAAGAAUGUGUGCCAGUCUCUUGCAAACCAGCACCAACUACUCCAAACCACCAUCAGCUUGAACUCUUUUUUUUGCACCAGUACUGAGGUCAAAAAACUCAACUCUCUAGCAUGCUCACCUGUAUAGUGAUGCAGUGCGCAAUGCAGUUGAAGCCCACAUGAUUACAGAAUCAGAUUCUGUGUCCACUGAGGUAAACUUUAAGGGCACCCUUUACAAAAAGGGAUCUUUUCUCUGCCUAAAAUGGGAAUCUGAUGACUCAGUAAAGUUUGGUCAAAUUGAGCUUAUUUUGAUCAAACAUGACAAAGAGGUGUGCUUUCUGGUGACACUGUUCACUUCAUUGUAUUUGGCAGAAUAUGGACUUUAUGAAGUCAAAAAUGCAGAUGGGGAUAUGCACUGUAUAAAUGCAGAAGACUGUCUGGAUUUCUACCCAUUGCCUCUGUACAGUCUGAAUGGGCAUAAAGUCAUAUCACUUAAGCACAGUGUUGUUGAUCAAUAAAUGGGUUGAAGUUCACUGUUAUUUUGGGUAGACGUUGAAUUUCAGUAUAGAACGUAUGCAGAUGGGUGUGUAUUAACAAAUGUAUCACAUGGUAAUUGUUGAGUAAUGUGUAAAUGUACAGUAUGAUAUUCACUAAACAAUGACUUUACUUUAUCUCCCCCUUGCAGUCAUGGAUAAAUGGGUGAUCGACCUAACCUCAUCCCUAAGUCACGGAUUUAGCCAAGAAGAUGUCAUACAGCAAGUGGUGGAAGCCUUGGUGUCUGUUCAGCUGAGGACCUGAAGUUUUUGGAGGCAGAUGACUUUGUCGGAAUUUUGAAGCCAAUUGAAAUAAGAAAAGUUAUGGCUUGUAUCAAAUUGAUGACAGUGGCAGAUGAUUCCUCCUCAGUAGCUACUAGUAUAAUUGAAUCAAGCACUAGUGAAGAUUCAUUUAUUAGUGACAUAGAUGAUUCCAGCACCAGCGGUCCUUCCACUCUGACAAUCACUGCCACAGGAAGCUCAGCUUUGAGACGUCUAGCCUCACCCAUUGUGCCAAGUCCAGCCUCACUCAUAAGUCCAGCCCCACCAACUCCAGCCCCAACUCCCACCACUCCAGCCCCAAGUUCUAGGUUCAUCCUCAUUCUCUACUUCAGAAAGUGGGUCCUCAGCUGUAGGCUUUGGAAAUAAUAGCUGGCAUUACAUAUUUGACAUACCCUGGAGUAAGAUGCCCUCAAGUACAAGAAAGUUAUUAGAUACUAAGCAGAGGCCAUCUGCAGCAGAGAGAACGGAGGUUAUAAGGAUUGUAGUUGCUGAAAUACUCUCUGUGUGCAAGAAACCAGGAAAGAGGCACAUUGCUGAAUCCAGUUUGACCCCUUUGCAAAACAUGACUUAGUACUUGGUGCCAAACCCUUGUUGGCAAUCACAGACGUCAGACAUUUCUUGUAGUUGGCCACCAGGUUUGCACACAUCUCACAUCUCAAGGAAUUUGGGCCCACUCCUCUUUGCAGAUCCUCUCCAAGUCAUUAAGGUUCUGACGUCUGUGAUUGCCAACAAGGGUUUGGCACCAAGUACUAAGUCAUGUUCUGCAAAGGGGUCAAAUACUUAUUUCACUCAAUAAAAUGCAAAUCAAUGUAGAACUUUUCUGAAAUGUGUUUUUCUGGAUUUUUUUGUUGUUAUUCUGUCUCUCACUGUUCAGAUAAACCGACCAUUAAAAUUACAGACUGAUCAUUUCUGUCAGUGGGCAAACGUACAAAAUCAGCAGGGGAUCAAAUACUUUUUUCCCUCACUGUAUUCAUUUUUCUGCAAAUGUAGAGGGGUUUGAAUGACUGCCAUUCAAGUGGUUGCCUCAAACUCAGUGGAACUGGAGUUUUGCUUGGCAUUUUAGAGCCUGAAAUAGAAUUCUGAUUGAACUGUGAAAAUUUAAUUACUGAUGUGUGUGGAAGUUUAUAUAAAGACCAGGUGAAGGCAAUUAUUUCAGUUGUCCACUACAUAUUGUUACUGUUGGGCCAGUUACAAUUAAUGUUCAUCUACAUGGAGUGACUAAAAAGAAAUUAGAGAAAUUGGAGAACAUGGAGAAAACUCAAGACUGGUUAAGUAUAGAAUCAUCUUACUGUGAGUGGAACACUUUCAGGCAUAACCACUAUUAAAUCAUGUAUUGGAAUUGAUAAAAUGGUGAAAAAUACUUGAAAAUAACUCCAGUUUAUGUGGAGGCAAGAAAUCACAUUUCAAAAAUUCAUUUUCAAAAUACAUUUGAAGAAUCAUUGUCUUCUCUCUUGUACUCCUUAUAGAUACCUGUUGUUUGAAAGAUUUCUGAAGAGAGUAUCCCUCAAGCUUUCUCAAGUCCCCGUGUGGCAUGUAUUGUACAUGUUAUGGACAAUGAGAGCUGUUUUUGUUUUGAUGUUUUGUUUUGUUUGCUUUCUAUCAUGGUUUUGAUAUAAAAACUUUUUAUUUUGCAAUUUACCCUUUUCUAUUAAAGUUUUGAAAAAAAAAAACCCAUUUGUUUCUAUCAUUUGUGUUGUACUGUAU